AAUUGACCAUGCUCAAAAUUUGGAACGAAUAUUAAAAUGUCGAUAAGAUGGAUGAGACACCAGGGGAGCCUCAGUAGAUAUCUUCAGUAACUAUAAUAUCAUAAUACUAUAUAAUUCCAUUUGAUUCAAGAUGACGUUAUCUGACGAACAAGUUAAGUCUGAACUUACCAAGAUGCAGGCCUUCAUUGAGAAGGAAGCUAAGGAAAAGGCUAAAGAAAUUAAGUUGAAAGCUGAUGAAGAAUAUGAAAUUGAAAAGGCUUCAAUUGUUAGAUCAGAAACAGCUGCUAUUGAUUCAACUUAUGAACAAAAGUUAAAGAAGGCUUCAUUAGCUCAACAAAUUACUAAAUCUACCAUUGCUAAUAAGACUAGAUUAAGAAUUUUAGCUACUAAAGAAGAAGUUUUGAAUGAAAUAUUUGAUGAAGUUAAGAAGGAAUUAAAGACUGUUGCUCAAAAUAAGGCUCAAUAUUUACCUGUAUUAGUUGGAUUAAUUGAAGAAGGUGUAUUGGCUCUUUUAGAAGAAAAAGUUACAGUUAGAGUUAAACAAGCUGAUGUUGAAAUAGCUAAAGAAGCUACCGUUGAAGCAGCUAAAAACUUUGAAUCUAAAUCCAAGUUUGCCGUUGAUAUAACAAUUGAUGAAGAAAAUUUCUUAAGUAAUGAUAUCGCCGGUGGUGUUGUUGUUGUUAAUGGUACUGGAAAGAUUGAAGUCGAUAACACUUUAGAAGAAAGAUUAAAGAUUUUAUCAGAAGAAGCUUUACCUGCCAUAAGAUUAGAAUUAUUCGGAAUUUCUAAAACUAGAAAAUUCUUUGAUUAG